AUGGGCUCUAUUACGGAUCUUCCCUACCUGAAGACCAACCCCAAGGUCAUUUUCUUUUCGGAUUUCGAUGGGACUAUCACGCUCGAGGAUAGCAAUGACCACAUGGUUGACAACCUAGGCUAUGGCCAGGCCAAGCGCCGCGCAGGAAAUGUUGCGGUCCUCGAAAACAAGGCUAGCUUCCGUGACGCUUUUCGGGACAUGCUCGACAGCGUUAAGACCCCUUUCAAUGAAUGUCUACAGAUUCUCCAGAAGAACAUGCGCCUAGACCCCCAUUUCACGGAGUUCUACUACUGGGCUAAGGAGAACAACGUACCGAUUGUGAUUUUGUCCUCUGGCAUGGUUCCCGUUAUUCAGACUUUACUGGAGACUCUCCUUGGUCACAAUCUCGACGACCAUCUGACAAUUGUCGCCAAUGAUGUUGAAAGCCGAGAUGGAAAGGACAUAAACACCCCUGGUGGGUGGCAGAUCAGAUACCACGAUGAUAGCCAUUUCGGCCACAACAAAUCAUUGGAAAUCAAACCGUACGCUGCAGUGCCUUUUCACGAGCGCCCCACUCUACUGUAUGCUGGUGAUGGUGUCUCGGACUUGUCCGCUGCAGCGGAGACAGACCUCCUGUUCGCCAAGGCCGGAAAGGAUUUGAUCACCUUCUGCGAGCGAGAAGGGAUGCCAUACACUGUCUUUGAGAAUUGGUCCUCGAUCCUGGCCACGACGAAGGAUAUCUUAAGUGGCAAGGUCUCUGUUCGCGCGGGCAUCCAGCUCGCAAUUGUUGCCAGCGUCAUUUUGCUUUUUAUUGUCACAUUAGAUAACAGAUUUCGCGUCCUCCCGGCUUCCAUCCACGGCCAUCUUCCCUCUCACUAUUCCGGGUUUGUCGUCACCGAUGUCUCCGUGGUGACCUGCUCGGUCCUCAGCAUCUUGUCCGGCUGCAAGCCAUCGUCGCCAGAAUGGACACAAAUAGAAAAGGACUUAUAUUUACGAUCGGGGUGGACUUCUGCUGCAUACGUUCAGUUCCAACGAAAAAAGGAACAGGAUCUGCUUCCCUCGGAUAAGGUCGUCAUUGACCUGAAAAUCGGCCGACUAGAGCCACAGUUCAACAACGAUCCGAAAGAAGAUAGAGUCGCCUGGGAACAGCGCCCCGGUGGGUUAUGGUUGAAGAGAACGGCAAAACGACAUGCGAGCGAUUCUCACAAUGCAAUAACCUCCGUCGAUGUCCUUUUUGGUGCCGAUGCGGUGGAUCCUCGAGCAGGUUGGGAGGUUAGGGAUACUGCAGUGUUGCUGGAUAGUCGGACGGAGGACCUGGAAGCUCGGAUUACGGUCCGCAGGGGAGACCCGUCGAAAGUUAAAAAGCCGGUGCCGAGGAUCAACGAAAAUGGCCGUUUUAAGAUUAUGCAGCUGGCGGAUUUACACUUGAGUACUGGGCUUGGCCACUGCCGAGACCCUGUGCCCGAAGAGCUUGUCCCCGGUCAAGGAUGUGAGGCAGACCCACGAACGUUGGACUUUGUGGAGAAACUUCUGGAUGAGGAGCAACCGGACUUGGUCAUUCUGAGCGGAGACCAAGUGAACGGUGAGACAUCGAAGGAUGCCCAGAGUCCGCUUUACAAGUCUGUCAAGCUGCUAGUUGACCGCAAAAUUCCCUAUGCGGCUAUUUUCGGGAACCAUGAUGAUGAAGGUAAUCUAGAUCGCCAACAAUCCAUGGCUUUGCUGGAAGAGCUGCCAUACUCACUAUCAUCGGCCGGUCCGGAAGACGUAGAUGGUGUUGGAAACUACAUCUUGGAAGUACUGGGCCGUGGGAAUACCGACCACUCGGCCCUUACACUUUACCUUCUCGACUCCCACUCGUAUUCUCCUGAUGAACGUCAGUUCCGAGGAUAUGAUUGGAUCAAACCGAGCCAGAUUCGCUGGUUCAAAAGCACAGCGCAAGGGCUGAAAAACAAACAUCACAAAUAUGCCUAUAUGCAUAUGAACAUGGCAUUCAUUCACAUUCCGCUGCCUGAGUUUGCGCAGAGCGGAAACUAUUUCCGAGGAAAUUGGUCGGAACCUUCCACCGCGCCAGGUUUCAACUCAGGAUUCAAGGAUGCACUCGAAGAAGAAGGCAUCCUGUUUGUCGGGUGUGGACAUGACCACGCCAACGAUUACUGCGCUCUCAGCAAAAAUUCGGCGGACAAGCCGUCACUUUGGAUGUGCUACGGAGGAGGUAGUGGCUUUGGUGGUUACGGAGGCUAUGGCGGCUUUGUCCGCCGCGUGCGAUUCUACGAUUUUGAUAUGAACGCUGGCCGAGCUGUGACGUACAAACGGCUGGAAUAUGGCGACGUCGAUUCCAGAAUCGAUGAGAUGAUGAUCAUCGAUGGGGGCGCAGUGAAGGGCCCAGAUUGA